CAACAUUUCUAGGGAGCAUUCGACGCCCCUUGAUAUUUCUUUUACCACCAUCCCCUCCCCCUCCGAUAAACUUAUCUAGAGAAGCCCGCGAAUACAUUCAGCGGCUUCACAAAAAGGGGUCAAAGAACCAAGAUGGCGGCCAGUGAUGGCGGUUUUGUUCCUACGAACGUCAGCAUAGACGUAGAAGGAGACAUCACUGUACCGGGAGCACCAGAAGAAGACGAAGAACCGAGCACACUAGAUGAACCUGUUACCGAAACACUUAGACGCGAUUUGAAAGCAGUUGGCCAGAAAUUUUUCCAUGUUUUGAUUCCAAGAAGAAGUAAAGCACUGCUAAGGGACUGGGAUUUAUGGGGUCCGCUCAUCCUAUGUGUGUAUCUGGCCAUGAUGCUACAAGGGCAUAAAGUUGCAGAUAGUAACAAUGAUGGAGGGCCACAGUUUGCUGAAGUAUUUGUUGUUGUUUGGGUCGGAGCAUUUGUCAUAACUAUCAACUCCAAGCUUCUUGGUGGACAAAUCUCAUUUUUCCAAAGUGUUUGUGUGCUUGGAUAUUGUAUCCUGCCUCUUGACAUAUCAUUAACUGUUUGUCGGCUCAUUCUCCUUGCCAAGCAAAAUUUGGCUCUCUUUAUUGCCAGAUUUGUUGUUGUUCUUGGAGGGUUUGCAUGGGCAACUGUAGCAUCCAUUGUUUUCCUUGGAGACAGUCAGCCUUCUCAUCGCAAAGCACUUGCAGUGUACCCUAUCUUCCUAUUUAACUUUGUCAUAAGCUGGAUGAUAAUAUCAAACUCUGGUUAGCAGAUCACUUAUGGAGCAAUAUUUAAAGAGUAGUGUUAUCAAUUGGUUGGGGAAGAGAGGGAUGAGAAUGGUUGGGUAACAUGUUUUUAGAAUUACUGUAAGAUAUUUGUUCAUCAGACUAAAAUCACAAGAGCAAUAAAAACUGGAUAGAUGUAUCACACAUUUAGGGUUUCGAUACUUGAAGUUUAAGGUGACACAACAAUAACAGGUACUUUAGGUGAGAGCAGUGGCAAUGAUAUAAGGGAUUGUCGGGUGUGGCUGCUCACCCCUUUUCUAUGAAAUUGUAAAGAAGAACAUUGAUAUGAGCACAUAACAUCUGAAAGGAUUAGGAAUGUCAAUCGAUCCACUCCAAGUGAAAAUCUCAUGAAGAAAAAAAUACAAAACUACCUACAAGCCAAAAUGGAAUACAGUUGGCUAAGCUUGUAAAUGUUGAAAAAUAAAUAAUGAAACGAUAAAAAUCAGAUGUCAAAUGGUGAAAACCAUUAUCAUAUAGAUGGGACAUGUGUUACUUAUUUCACAAUAGCCUGUAUACAGGUUUCCUCGCUAUGCAAGAAAUAUUGAAGGACUGUACGGUUAAUUAAUGCUCCCUUCUAAAGAUAUUCACUUUGGUAGCCAUAGUAAAGGGUAAUAAUGAAGCUGUAUUUAUACAAGACUUUGCAAUACUUCUAAAAGAAAGAAUGAAUGUGGCAUUUUUAUAAACUAUAGUUUUUUAAAGGUCAUCUCAGCCAAUGAGCCCAAGGUUUUUUAAGCAGGGGGAUGCUAUUACGAAAUGUAGACUGCAUUUUGGAAUAAAAUGCUUUGCUUAGCAACUUUAGAUGGCAUUUAGAUGGCAUAAGUUUCCAUUUACCAAAUUCAUAGGUCUUGAUUUAGCCAGUGGGUUAGGAUAGAAGUAUCCCCGCUCUAAAUGUCUUGGAGCCUAUGCUCAGGCUGAUGUAAAAUAAAGGCGAAACUUAUUUAUAAAUAGGUACAGUAUCAGUUGUGAAGCAAAACACAAAAAUAAAGGUAUAUUGAAAACC